AGGGCGCGGUCUCGUUGUUCAGAGAGCACACACACACCAACUCCCACCCGUUGGAUUUUUUUUUAAACAGUCUGAGUUUCCGCUGAUGCCGCGGGACAGCAAGAAAACGAAGUCAUCCUGAUACGCAAGCAAUAAGCCGAAGCUUCCCGCACACAGUCUCCUUUUUCUUCUUUUCUUUUUUCAAAUAGCAUAGAGCGUUUCUUCACCGGUUGCGCCACCACGUCAUAAGUUAGAGAGGUAUUGUUCUUCUUCCUUUCAGUAGUACAGCUGUUCAUGAAAGCCGUACUCCAAGUCGGUCCCGCGCAGUUCAUCGUGGACGGCGCCACCUUCCACCUGCUCUGCGAGGACAUCACCCAAACGCUGAAGGCCCUCCUGACGCUCAAUGAAAGCGACGUCUCAUUAACGCUGCACCUCGACGCCCUCGAGCGCUGUUUGGCCGACGACGCGCAGCGCCUGGUGGAGGCCGGGGUGCCCCUGCCGCGUCGUCUUCCGCACGAAGGCGACGACGUCGACCUGUCCGUCGACGCGGGUGCACCGCCGCCGUCACCGCCACCGCGUCGGCUUAGUGUGAGUCGUGGCGUGCGCGAGCCCAUCAACGUCUUCUCAUCCGAUUCCUUCGACGCGGCCGAAGCGCUCCUGCAGGAGCUGCAGGCCCGCCUCCUCGAGCAGCGUCUGCUCCUAGAGAAGUGUAUUACGGCGGGGACGGUCGCGCCGAACGUGGAGAGGCACGAGUCCAGCGUGCGGGACAGCAGUGGAGAAGUGGUGAAGGACGGUGUUCGUAGUGGCACCACUGCGUUGCCGCGACGAGUGGUGCCGCUGCCGCUGCUGCGCAUCGACACGUACCUGUCCUCCUCCGUGGAUGUGCUACCGGACUACGACGCGCAAGGGCACCGUCGGCGCAGUUCGCUGACGGUGCUGGGAACUUCAUCCCUGCCGUUGUAG